AUGUUCAAAUCAGUCGCCCGUCAGACAGCAAGGCAACUGGGCUCACGAGGCCCCGCUGCUUCAAUCGCUCGUCGCCAUGCACAUACUCCUGUAGCCUUUGACUGGACGGACCCGCUAGGCGCUAGCAACAUGUUCACCGAGGAAGAAUUGGCCAUUUCAGAGACAGCCGAGUCCUACUGUCAAGAGCGCAUGCUUCCUCGCGUGCUAGNNGUGAGUCCUACGCUUGACGAUCGCCUGCUUCAAUCGCUGACCCAAGAAGAUGCAUACAGAAACGAGGACUACGACAGAAAGAUUCUUGAAGAGAUGGGAGAACUGGGACUGCUGGGUGCUACAAUCGAAGGCUAUGGCUGUGCUGGUGUCUCUUCGGUCGCAUCGGGUCUCAUCACUCGUGCCGUUGAGAGAGUCGACUCUGGUUACCGCUCAGGAAUGUCUGUCCAGUCUUCAUUGGUCAUGGGUGGUAUCGAUGAGUUCGGUUCUCAGGAGCAGAAAGACAAGUUCCUGCCCCAGCUGGCCAAGGGUAAAAUGCUUGGUUGCUUUGGCCUGACAGAGCCGAACCACGGUAGUGAUCCUGGCAGCAUGGAGACAGUCGCCAAACCUCACCCUACCAAGAAGGGUUACUUCAGCCUGAGCGGAGCAAAGACGUGGAUCACCAACUCGCCGAUUGCAGAUGUCAUGCUCGUGUGGGCAAAGCUGCAGGAGACUGGCAAGAUUCGUGGUUUCCUGGUUGAGAGAUCCGAGUGCCCUCCAGGAACAUUGGAGACACCUCCAUUGAAGAACAAGAACGGUCUGAGAGCCUCCCUUACUGGUAUGAUUCAGUUGGAUGAUUGCCCAGUACCGGAAGCAAACAUGUUCCCACACAUUGAGGGCUUGAGAGGACCUUUCAGCUGUCUCAACGGAGCCCGUUAUGGUAUUGCUUGGGGCACUAUGGGCGCUCUCGAGGACUGCAUCGCAAGAACGAGACAGUACGCCCUGGAGCGAAAGCAAUUCAAGAACAACCCGAUCGCCAAAUACCAGUUGGUGCAGAAGAAGCUCUCUGAUGCAACCACAGACGCGGCCUACGGUAUUCUUGCUGCGUUGCAAGUUGGUCGUCUAAAGGAUGAGGGCAAGGCCGCCCCUGAGAUGAUCUCAAUGAUCAAGAGACAAAACUGCGACAGAGCUUUGGUGAACGCACGAGUGNNUUGCAAGAAGUCUUUGGAGGAAAUGCUGUCAGUGACGAGUACCACAUCGGAAGACAUGUGGCGAACUUGUUUGUCACUCAGACGUAUGAGGGCCAGAGCGAUAUUCAUGNCUCUUAUUCUUGGCCGCGCAAUCACUGGUAUUCAAGCUUUCUGCUAA